AUUUUACAGCGACACUUGAGCAAGCCUCAGCCUUGUUGUGUAACACCCCGGUCGUGCAUGUGCAGUAGUUUACUGCUACCUUACCCUCGCCUCUUUUUUUAAAAAGACCCUCCUGAUCGGUUCCAAUCUUCAUUCUUGUUCCUUCUCGUUCUUGAUGCCGAUUUGGGUCCAAGUUUACUUUCCUUUUCUUAUAAUCCUACAUACCAAAUUCGGCUCGAUGACCUCUGGUUGUGGUUUGAACCAUGGCUUGUUCAGCAACAUUCAGGAACUGCUUUCUACAACUUCCCCCCUCCACCGCUGUUCUCCUCAUCAGCGUAGCAUUUGGUUUGACAAAUGGCCAUGCGCUGCCUAGGCAAACGAAAACCAUUGAUUUACAUGAGUUGAAUGUUGUUCCUCUUCCGCAGCCUACGGAAGCCCCAGUCUUACUUUCAGACUUACUACGAAGACAAGCGCAGAACACAGUUUGUGGCUAUAUCGGAGGGGAUCCAAACCUACCUGCAACAUGCUUAGCAGGGUCCCAUUGCGUGUUAGAACAGGAUCACGGGGUGGUGGGCUGUUGUCCGGACGGAGGAACAUGUUCGACAGGUAUAUUUACGGGAUGCGUCGACUUGAAUAGUUCACCGCAAACCGAAAUCAACCCUUACGUAUAUACGUGUCAAGGGUCAGAUUUGUGUUACAGGAAUGAGUUUGCUGGCGGUUAUUUUCAAUUUGGCUGCGGAACCGCAUCGUCACUUGGCACCACUGUCGAAACCUCCGCCGAGGGUAUGUCAAGCUUAGUGUUUGAAGAGACAUCGGUGCCGCUGACGGCAUUGCCGGUUCCCCUUUCUAAGCCGACUUCUAUUGGAUCCCAGCCUGCUUCAAGCGCCACGCCUGAUCCCGCCGGGAAUCCUUCCUCCAGCGGACCCGACGCGGUACCACAAACAUCCUCAGCUGCGACAUUGCCUUCUGGUACAUCCGCGCCAACAUCCGCAGGCUCGCACUCUUCAUCGUCAUUACCUUCGACAUUGUCAUCAUCCUUAUCUUCUUCUACGUCUUCUUCAUCGUCUUCGUCAUCGUCCUCAUCUUCAUCCUCGUCUACCACCACCACAACAUCAUCAUCCUCCACUGGAUUACCGAAUACUACAGCAACUUCAACGUCGUCAGAUGGUUCUCCCGCAGAAUCGUCAACUGACCCUAGCGCACCCUCGACGGGGACAGGAACUAGUACUACUAACAAAGGGGCCAUAAUCGGAGGAUCUAUUAGCGGGGCCGCUGUCCUCGUAGCGGUAUUGGCAGCCAUUAUAUUCUAUUACUUGCGAAAGCGACGAGGCAAUGAUCGCGAAGGUCCUGGACCGUUACCAACGAAUGCACCGCCAAGAACGUCGUAUAUUAGCCCAAUGCGAUCUCACGGCGCUGCGUUUGCACCUCUCCCAUCGUGGCAAGAUGAUGAUGAGGACAGGCGACCAUUAACUCAAUACGCCAAUAACAACGGGCAGCAACCUUACAAUCCAGCAUCUGAGCCGUGGCGGACGGCUCCAGCCCCCGCCCCCGCUGCCGCAAGGGCAAACGCUAAUAACCGCGGGUUCUCACAGCCCCUGCGCUAUCAUCCCACGACGAUCCGCAUGGUGCCUCCUGCCGGUGUGGGAACGGGACUUGCGCCCGUCGCGGAGGAAGAGAACACGCAAGAAUACGAUCACGCUAAUAAUAACACUAACAACAAUAACAGCGACUACGACCGCGGUGUAAGUUCCUCUGAGAUCGACGACUUUUCGCGCGCCUACUCUAGCGCCGGGAUCGGCACGCAGGAAAUGGAGUACGAUCGGCAGCCGCUCACCGUGAUCAACCCGGACGACACUCCGCCCAGGUCGGGUGCGACAUCCCCAGGUAGCAGUCCUCCGAGAAGCACAACGCCCGGAAACAGGCCUCUGUGGCAGCAAAAUAGACAGCGGGGGAGGAAUCUGAUGUGGGUUGAUCCGAACCCGAAUAAUAGGAUCUAGGAAACCGGAUCUGGGGUGCUUUUGUAUAAACUAAAACGGCGACACGAUAUAAUCUAAUGCAUAGGGAAAAUACCUACUUUAAAAGACGGAAUCAUGGGCAUAGUUGGCGUCGACUGGUUUAGAGAAAUGAAAUUUAGCGCAUUGUGGACGGCUCUUUGGUUUGUUUAGGACGAUCGGCGUCCAUUUUUAUCCCAUUUCACGGCGUUCUUUUGAGACGGAGGAGACGGUGGUUGAUGUUCAUUAUGGCAGCAUUGGGUUAAGGGGCCGGGGCGAUUACUUGCUACGAGCUAUAUAUCAUGAUCAUACUAAGGCUUAGGGGUGUCUUGGCUUGGUUUGUAUUUUUUUUUAUUUCUUAAAACGCAUCCGCUUCGCUGUAAUGAACGUUGAUGCAUAUACCUUUCUUGAAGCUGCUAUGAAGACUCUAGAGUAGAUUAGAAACAUAGAAGUUGAAGGUCGUCUGCCAUAAUGUAUAUAGAAAGAAAUCAUAAAUAGAAGCAGCUAAAUGGCAAAUAUUUGUCUCGCAAUCAUAUGAUAACUGUCUUGAAGCAUCGGUGAUAACAUUGGCUACAAAAACUUCGAACAAACCUACUAGAAAGUGAGAC